AUUGUUUCAACGUACUGGUCCUAUUUAAAUUAUGAAUUUUAUAAUAUUGUGAAUUUAUAGUGAUAUUAGAUUUUAAUGUUUUCUGGGAUAGUUCAAAAUGGAUCAUUUAAAAAGGGAAAUUCGUGAAAGAAAUCCUAAGGAAAAGGCUAAUAUAUUUUCUUCUCUGACAUUUUCAUAUACACGGAAACUGUUCAGGAAAGCCCUUAAGAAAGACCAUUUAGAGGAGGACGACCUUUACGCUGUCCUUAAAUCCCUAAAUUCGGACAAGUGCGGCGAAAAAAUCGAAACGGGAUGGAAAAACGAACAUUUGAGGAAAAGCCCUUCGUUCACCCGUUUGAUGUUUUCCAGAUUCGGCAUCAAAUACAUUUGUAUUGGACUGAUAUGGUUAUCAUACAAAACAUUUACCUUAGCAACAGAGCCAUACGCAGUUAGCAGCCUAAUAAACUGCUUCAAAUCCGAAGACACGUGCAGCCGCAACGAAAUGUACACCUACAGUGCUGUAGUGAUAUCACUUAACCUUCUGAACUGCUUUUACGUACACAACUACAUUAUUUGGGUGGAUACGUUCGCUAUCAAAAUCCGCACGUCGUUUUGCUCGCUGCUCUACCGGAAAGCGUUAAAACUGACUCCAUCUGCAAUGAAUGAAAUCAGUUUGGGCAACAUUGUGACGUUGAUCACUAAGGACGUGCACGUUUUUGAAUCGUCGAUUUGGCUGUUCAACGACAUGUGGAUCGGAACCUUGACGUCCUCAUUUAUCGUUUACUUGUUGUUCAAAAAAAUGGGUUGGGUGUCGUUGAUUGGGGUUGCGUUUUUAAUUACCGUCCUUCCUUUGCAAGUGUAUUUGGGCAAGUGGAUCACCAAUUUGCGCUUACGUAUAGGCAAAAAGACAGAUGAACGGUUGCAAAUCACACAGGAGAUUUUGUCCUCGAUUAAAAUUAUCAAGCUGUAUACAUGGGAAAAGUUCUUCAGCGAUCAAGUGAACAGUAGAAGAAAAGAAGAAGUCAACGUCAUGCGCAUAGCCUUCUACCUGAAAAUCGUCAUCUUAAUGAUGGGAGCCAUAGCCACUAAAAUGGGCUUUUAUGUUCUCAUCAUGACUUACAUCUGGAUCGGCUAUACUCCAGACGCCCAGCUAAUCUACUACGUGUCUAAUUUAUUCAACAGCUUACGCUUUCUCUUGGGGGUUUGCAUCCCCAUAGGCAUUGGAAGAGGAGCUGAGUUGCUGGCAGCUAUCAGGCGAAUUAACAGAGUUUUAAGAGCCGAAGAACUCUGUAGAGAUAAUGCUCAUGACGAACCCACUGAACAUCCAAAAUUACAACUUAAAAACGCCACUGUGGCAAUCAAUAAAUCCUUGGCCUUGCAAGACGUGACUUUAUUAAUCAAUAAUGGCCUUAAUAUCGUGACUGGCAGCGUUGGUUCUGGCAAGAGCUCCUUAUUAAAAGCCUUACUUCAAGAUUACCCAUUGGAAAGCGGAUUUGUGGCAACUUAUGGCAGAAUUUCUUACGCUUCCCAAGAUCCUUGGCUAUUUCCUUCUUCAAUCAGGCAGAACAUUUUAUUCGGCGAAAAGUACAACGAAGCUAGAUACCAGGAAGUGGUAAGAGUAUGCGCGCUCAGAUACGAUUUGAAUCUACUCGAAAACGGAGACCAAACCAUUAUGGCCGACAAUGGCAUCAAUCUAAGUAAAGGCCAACAGGCCAGAGUCAAUUUGGCAAGAGCAAUUUACAAGGAAAGCGAAAUCUACUUGCUGGACGAUUCGUUGACCGCUUUGGAUGCGCACGUGCAAGAUCACAUUUUCAACGAGUGCAUCAAGAAGUUUUUGAAAAGCAAAAUUGUGGUUUUGGUCACGCAAACUGUGCAUCACAUUCAGGAUGCUGAUAAUGUUAUCAUUAUGGAAAAUUCGAAAAUACGCUCAUCUGGUAAGCCUGCUCAAGAGAUUUCUAUGGAAGAGAUUGCCAAAUUAGUUGGCAAAGAUGACGAAAUGGAAAAAGAAAUUAUCGAUAAUAAUGAUUUAACUAAAAUUAAAGAUGUUGAAAAUGAUGUUGAUAAUGAUGAAACUGGAGAGCUUUUAGAAACUACCAAGAUUAAUACAGAGAAGAUUUAUAAAGAAGUUACCAAGAAAGGAGAUGUUAGUUUUUCAGUUUACAAAAAAUACUUUAAGUUUGGAGGAGGUUUUUGUUUAUUUUCUGUAGUGGUUUUCUUGUUCAUGGCUGGCCAGGGCACUGAAACGGCUUCGGAUAAGUUUAUCGCCAUGUGGAUCGAUGCUCAGCAAAAAGAAGUGGACCUAAAAGUAGCUAAUCAAACUGACACUCCACUAUUCGAAGAAACUGUGGCACACAAAAAUCUUUACGUCACGCUUUAUUCGGCAACACUUUUCCUGUCUACGGCGCUAAUAUUAGGCAGAUCAUACGUGCUCUACGAUUUUUGUAGACGCGCCUCUAUUAAGCUCCACAAAGUUAUGUCUACUACAGUGAUCAAUGCUGUAAUGGCAUUUUUCGAUACGCAUUUCAUCGGCAACGUUUUGAACAGAUUUUCGCAGGAUUUGAUCAAUGUCGAUGAGUUUUUGGCUGAUUGUUUGUCCGAAGCUUUUAGAGUUACAGUUCAAAUUAUCGGCAUCUACGUUAACAUUUCGUUAAUCAAUUGGCGUUUUUUGAUACCAGGCUGUAUUUUUUUCGCCCUUACUUUUGUGUUAAGACGGCUUUACAUGCCCACCGGGAGAAGCUUGAAGCGACUUGAAGCAGCAACGCGUAGUCCUUUGGUUGGUCAUUUGAAUGCCUCCCUAGAAGGUCUUACCACCAUAAGAGCCUACAAAGCGGAAGAUAUUUUGAAGCAAGAGUUCGAUCGGCAUCAAGAUCUCUACACGUCAGCCCAUUACAUGUUAAUAUGUGCAUCCAGAGCCUUUGGAUUCAUCUUGGAUAUUUUCUGUUGGAGUUUGAUCGUAUUGGUUGUGACUAGGUUCUUGUUUUUCGAAACUGAUACCACCGCGGGCAGCGUCGGCUUGGUAAUCUCGCAGAUCUUCAUGCUUACUGGCAACGUGCAGUGGGGCGUGCGCAUGUGGGCGGACCUCGAAAACUAUAUGACGUCGGUGGAGCGGGCACUGGAGUAUACCGAACUCCACCAGGAACGGAAACAGGGCAUCAAACUCGAUAACUGGCCGACCGAAGGUCGCAUCAAGUACGACAACGUCAGUUUAACGUACGGCAAGGAAAUGGUACUGAAACAUUUGACGUUCGACGUGAUGCCGGGACAGAAAAUUGGCAUUUGCGGACGCACCGGAGCUGGAAAAUCUUCGAUAAUUUCCACUUUGUUUCGUUUAUACGAAGUAGAAGGCACCAUUUUGAUUGACGGCGUCAACAUCCAGCACUUAUCCAUUGAAUAUUUAAGGCAAAGCGUCGCCAUUAUCCCGCAGGAUCCUGUUCUGUUCACUGGAACUGUAAGAAGUAACAUCGAUCCAUAUAAUUUAUACACUGAUGAGGAAAUUUGGAAACUCCUAGCCAAGGUGCACCUAAAGCAGAGCAUACACACGCUGGAAAUGCCGAUAAACGAAAACGCUUCAGCUUUGAGUUCUGGCCAAAGACAACUGAUAUGUUUGGCCAGAGCCAUCAUCCGUAGAAACAGAAUCGUCGUGUUGGAUGAGGCAACAGCAAACAUGGAUCCGGAAACAGACGCGAUGCUUCACGAUGCCAUUAAAGAGAAUUUUGCUGGCUGUACGAUAUUUUCGAUAGCACAUCGAUUGCACACGAUCAUCGAUUCGGACAAGAUCAUGGUACUAGAUAGGGGUACGAUAAAAGAGUUCGAUUCGCCCAGCAAGCUGUUGAGUGAUAAGAGUGGGAUGUUUUAUAAGAUGAUCGAACAGGCUGGAUUGACCGAGUAUUUGAAUAAGUAUUGAAGGAUUUUCAAUUUUUUCGUUUCUUAUUGGCUAAUUAUGGACUGAGUUUUGCUAAUAAUUUUGUGAUUGUAGAUUUUAUUUCCCUUUUAUUUGUAAUUCGUCAAAUAAAUAUAAUUAUUCUUUUAAAAUGAUGUAAAAUUUAACGUAAUAUUUCCAUUAAUAAAAAAUUGCGAGAGAAAUACAUUAUAUUUGUGAAGGAAUAUGAAGAAACAAUACAAGCCUAAGUUUUGUC